AAUGAGUGAAUGAGUGACUCCAUGCCUCCUCCUGCUCUCCCCGGGCGGAGGUGAGCUGCUGGACUCUGGGCAGCAGCAGGUCGGUUGAGGGAAGGACUUUUGGGAAAUCACAUGCUUCUCAUCUCCAGCUCUGACUGUGAGACGCCAUUUUGGAGCAAAGUUUGGGAUUUUUUUUUAAUGACCUGGAGUGAAGGAGGAGGAGGAAGAAGAAAGGAGGGAUUUACUCUGAGGGAAGUUUGACACGAAUGCAGCAGACUGAGCUGGGAAUAGCACCCGCAGCAGUGCGGGAUAAGUGAGCCUGGACUUGGCACGGCUCGGGUUGAGGUGUGCCAACAGCAGCCGGGACUCUGAAGUUGUUUCCCGGGAUCAGCAGCAGAGCCCCCGGGGGCUCCGGAACUCUGUUACCGGCCUUUCAUAACCGCAUUCACACUUUGGUUUUAUUUGUGUGUGUCGCCACAGCGGCUCGUGUGUGCGGUACACGCCGGUGAAAGGAGCCUCUGUGACGGGGACGGAGAGCGCGGAGAGCCGGUGCCAGGCGGAGCUCCUCUCCGGGUUUCUGCCUCUCUUUGAAGCGGGAACACACGGGUGUUUUUGUGGCGGUGGGGUUCCCCGGAGACUCGGUGGCUUAUUUUCGUUUGGAUCUGUUCAUUUUUCCCCUGGCAGGGAGUUUGUUUGUCGGAGGGAAGUUGGUGUCGUCGUGGAGCCCGGACUUGGAGUUGUGACAGCGGGCGUUCGCUGGUGGAAUAAUCGAUAAGAAAAGACACACGGCGGCUCCUGUGUGACUCUGUGUGUGUGUGUUAACACGGGGCCAGAGCCGAGUCGUGCCGAGCCAGAGCGACCAUGCCCGUCAGGAGGAAAGAUGCACAGCGAGCUCUGCUGCUGCUGGAGGAAUAUCGCACCAAACUGAACCACACUGAGGACCGGCAGCUACGAAUCUCCCUGCAGAGGGUCAUCGACAUCUUCCAGAGUAACCUGUUCCAGGCGCUCAUAGAUAUCCAGGAGUUUUACGAAGUGAGCUUAUUGGACAGUCAGAGAUGGGUGGAGUCUCCAAAGGGGGCGGACCCCACAGUGCCUGUCAACCUGUGGGACUUCUCCAGCCUUCAGAGCACCACAGUGACCUCUGACCUCAGCACCAGCAUUGAGGACUGCCCCCUCCUUAACGAAAUCCUGCACACGCUGGCACAGGUCGGACGCUCACCUGGUCAACACGCUCAUAAGUACCAGCACCAUGACGAGGACUCGUCCCUCCAGGACCAGAGCUCCCCCCAGCUGACGGAGGAGGGGGGGGCGGGGCCAGAGCUGGUCCAGGUGGCAGAAAAGAACCUGUCCCAGGUGGAGAACGUGCACGGCUACGUCAGCCACGCCCACAUCUCACCUAUGAAGGUGGCGUCUCUGGAGUGCGUCUUUGACGGAUCGUCAACGUUAGGACAGCAGCACCCGGAGCUCCCCUCCCCCACCUCCCCCACCUCCCCUACCUCCUCCACCUUCCACCUUCACGGAGAGGACAACCACUUCCUGUCCUGUUCCUCCAACCCCUUCCCCCUGAUCCAGCAGGCUGACUCUGCCCCGCCUCCCUCCUCCAUAAUCCCUGUGAUCCCAAUCUCACCAAUCCCAUCUGAGACCUCCAUCAUCCCUGCGACAUCACAGGCCAAUCCUGCUCCUUUGGUGGUCAACUCGGACAGUCUGGACACGCCCCCAUACGUGAACGGGACAGAGGCUGAUUAUGAGUAUGAGGAAAUCACACUGGAGAGGGGCAACUCGGGUUUGGGCUUCAGCAUCGCGGGCGGCACGGACAACCCACACAUCGGUGAAGACCCCAGUAUCUUCAUCACCAAAGUCAUCGCAGGAGGAGCGGCCGCCCAGGAUGCACGUCUCAGGGUGAACGACGUCAUCCUGAGGGUCAACGAGGUGGACGUACGAGAUGUGACCCACAGCCGUGCCGUGGAGGCCCUGAAGGAGGCGGGCUCACUCGUCCGACUCUACGUCCGCCGCAGGAAACCUGUGUCCGAGAAAGUGAUGGAGAUCAAACUGGUGAAGGGACCCAAAGGUCUGGGCUUCAGCAUCGCGGGCGGAGUCGGGAACCAGCACAUCCCAGGCGACAACAGCAUCUACGUCACCAAGAUCAUUGAGGGAGGAGCCGCACACAAAGACGGGCGGCUGCAGAUCGGAGACAAGCUGCUGGCUGUGAACAGUGCGUGUCUGGAGGAAGUGAGCCACGAACACGCCGUCACUGCCCUGAAAAACACUCCAGACGUGGUUUACUUAAAAGUGGCCAAACCCAACAGUGUCUUCAUGAACGAGAGCUUUGCUCCACCAGACCUCACCAACUCGUACUCACAGCACAUGGAGAACCAUAUCAGCCCGCCCCCCUUCCUGGGUCAGCCCCUCCCACCGCCAGCACCAUCGGGACGCUACUCCCCGACCCCGAAGAGCAUGCUGGGAGAUGAUGAUGUCACGCGAGAGCCGAGGAAGGUGGUGCUGCACCGAGGAGCGACCGGCCUCGGCUUUAACAUCGUGGGCGGCGAGGACGGAGAGGGAAUCUUCAUCUCCUUCAUCCUCGCCGGAGGACCAGCUGACCUGUGCGGCGAGCUGAGGAAAGGAGACAGACUUGUAUCAGUGAACGGCGUAGAUCUGCGUAGCGCCACCCACGAACAGGCCGCCGCCGCCCUGAAGAACGCCGGACAGACGGUGACCAUCAUCGCCCACUACAGGCCAGAGGAUUACAGCCGCUUUGAAGCAAAGAUCCACGACCUGAGGGAGCAGAUGAUGAACAGCAGCAUCAGCUCAGGGUCCGGUUCUCUGCGCACCAGCCAGAAGAGGUCGCUGUACGUCAGAGCUCUCUUUGACUAUGAUAAGACCAGAGACUCGGGUCUGCCCAGUCAGGGUCUCAACUUUAAGUUCGGCGACAUCCUUCACGUGGUGAACGCGUCCGAUGACGAGUGGUGGCAGGCGCGUCAGCUGACCGCUCAGGGCGAGGUGGAGGAAGUGGGCGUGAUCCCCAGCAAGAGACGGGUGGAGAAGAAAGAGAGGGCGAGGUUAAAGACGGUGAAGUUCAACGCCAAGUCUGGAGAGCGCGGGCAGUCUCUCAAUGACAAGCGUAAAAAGAACCUCUUUUCCCGAAAGUUUCCGUUCUACAAGAGCAAAGAGACGAACAAGCAGGAGACCAGCGAUGUCGACCAACAUCUGACCUCUAACGCCAGCGAUAGCGAGAGUAGCUACCGUGGACAGGAGGAGUACGUCUUGUCGUAUGAACCUGUCGUUCAGCAGGAAGUGAACUACACGCGUCCCGUCAUCAUCCUGGGACCCAUGAAAGAUCGGAUCAAUGACGACCUGAUCUCUGAGUUUCCCGACAAGUUCGGAUCCUGCGUCCCGCAUACGACGCGGCCGAAGCGGGACUACGAGGUGGACGGACGAGAUUAUCACUUUGUGGUGUCCAGGGAGCAGAUGGAGAAGGACAUCCAGGACCACAAGUUCAUCGAGGCGGGUCAAUACAACAACCACCUGUACGGAACCAGCGUGCAGUCAGUGCGAGAGGUCGCUGAGAAGGGGAAACACUGCAUCCUGGACGUGUCAGGAAACGCCAUCAAGAGGCUGCAGUUGGCUCAGCUUCACCCCAUCGCCGUCUUCAUCAAACCCAAGUCUGUGGAGAACAUCAUGGACAUGAACAAGCGUCUGACGGACGAGCAGAGCAGGAAAACCUUUGACAGAGCAACCAAGCUGGAGCAGGAGUUCACUGAGCACUUCACAGCUGUUGUUCAGGGGGACACUCUGGAGGACAUCUAUGAUCAGGUGAAGCAGAUCAUUGAGGAACAGUCAGGUCCGUUCAUCUGGGUUCAGUCCAAGGAGAAGUUGUGAAGAUCCUCCUCCUCGUCCUCCUCUUCCUCCUCCUCGAUAAAAUUUUUCUUUUUCUAAAGUUUACGUUUCUCUUAUUUUUAACGUUUUAUUUGAAGUGAAGUUUAAAUAUUUCGCGUGAAGAAAACUUUUUAAAAAUUUAAUUAAUUUUCUUGCGUGAGUUUGAGGUCGGGACAUGUCUGAUAGUGGCGCCCUCUUGUGGUGGGAGUGUGAACAUGCGCAGACGGCCGAUUCAGUGUUGUCCGUGUCUUGUUUCUAUGGCAACGAUGUGGGUGGUGUGUGGGCGGAGCCUGUUGUACAGUAAGAUGUGGGUAAACUGCCUAUUUUGUAAUAAUAAAGUCUAUAUUGAAGUUUUCUCUGCAUUGUUUAAUCAGAUUUGAAGAGAUUUGAACAUAAAUAUAUUUUCUUUGUCUUCAGUCUCCUCCUCUAUCUUUACUUUUCUUUUUUAAACAUAAAUAAAAAAAACUUCACAAGAAAACAAA